AUGGAGAACUACCAGAAGAUGGAAAAGGUCGGCGAGGGUACGCCAUGACAGUGUGCUUUUGCACCUCUUCAACAUACUGAUAUACCAUUCAGGCACGUACGGAGUCGUCUACAAAGCCCGCGACCUCACCACUCCCGACCACCGCAUCGUCGCCCUCAAGAAGAUCCGCCUCGAAGCCGAAGAUGAGGGCGUUCCCUCCACUGCCAUCCGCGAGAUCAGCUUGCUCAAAGAGAUGAGCGAUCCAAACGUCAUGUCCCUCCUCAACAUUGUCCACGCGGACGGUCACAAGCUAUAUCUCGUCUUUGAGUUUAUGGACCUCGACUUGAAGAAGUACAUGGAAGCGCUGCCCGUCGCCCAAGGAGGUCGCGGCAAGCCCUUGCCAGACGGCGUGUUGAGCGAGAAGGGACAUCUGGGUCUGGAUGCUGCCAUGGUACGAGCCCUGAAUCAGCAGCAUGAGAAAUAUAUGCCGUGUAUACUGACUACGUUGAUUGUCGCAGGUCAAGAAGUUCACCCUCCAGCUCCUCCAAGGAAUCAAAUACUGCCACUCCCACCGCGUCCUCCACCGCGACCUCAAACCCCAAAACCUCCUCAUCGACAAAGACGGCAACCUCAAAAUCGGCGACUUCGGUCUCGCCCGCGCGUUCGGCGUUCCUCUCCGCACAUACACCCACGAGGUCGUCACCCUCUGGUACCGCAGCCCCGAAAUCCUCCUCGGUGGACGGCAGUACAGCACGGGCGUCGACAUGUGGAGUGUCGGCGCCAUCUUCGCCGAGAUGGCAACGCGCAAGCCCCUCUUCCCCGGCGACUCGGAGAUUGACGAGAUCUUCAAGAUCUUCCGUCUCCUGGGCACGCCGUCGGAGAAUGACUGGCCUGGCGUCACCAGUUUCCCGGAUUUCAAGGCUUCCUUUCCCAAGUGGGAGCGUAAGGAAGACGAUCCGCUCAUCAGCGUCGAGGGCGCGAAGGUGUUGGGCCCGGACGGUCUGGAAUUGCUGGAUGCGCUGUUGGUGUACGAUCCCGCUGGCCGGAUGAGUGCGAAGCAGGCGGUGCACCACCCGUACUUCACCGACAAGCGGACGAAUGGCUUCCACUAA